ACCACCUUUGCAUGCAAAAAAUGAGCUACAAUCUCUUCCUCCUGGCUUUUGUCCUGGGCAUUGGUGGAACUUUCCAGUAUGGGUUGCAGGUCUCCAUUAUCAAUUCUCCUGCUGAGUACAUCAAAAGUUUCAUCCGUGAGACCUGGCUGAAGAGAUACGGCUCUUCUCCCAGUGAAGAGAUGAUCACUUUGAUGUGGUCCUUUGUUGUGUCCAUUUACAGCAUCGGUGGGCUUCUGGGGUCCUUGUCUGCCGCAUAUUUUUCUGUUAGAUUUGGAAGGAAGAAGCCGAUGCUGUUCACCAAUAUCCCUGCUCUGCUGAGUGCAACUCUGAUGGGACUCAGCCGGCUGUGUGGAUCCUUUGAGAUGAUCAUCGCUGGAAGAUUACUUUCUGGACUGUGUGGAGGUUUAGUUCUGAAUAUCCAUCUCAUGUAUGCUGGGGAAUGUGCCCCACGGAAGCUUCGUGGGCUGAUUGCCUUAACAGCUUCUACUGCCACUGCCGUUGGAAAGUUUGUAGGAUUUGCUCUGGGUCUCAGAGAAGUCCUUGGCGUAGAUGCUCUCUGGCCUAUUCUCAUGGCAGCCAACUCGCUUCCCGCCCUCGUUCAGCUUCUCACCCUCCCCUUCUUCCCAGACUCUCCCCGCUACCUGCUCAUUGACAAAAAGGACAAGGAGGGGUGCAUCAAAGCUGUGAAGCAGCUCUGGGGAGAUGGUGACCAUAUGGCUGAAAUAGAUGACAUGAUGGCAGAACAAGAAGUCAUCCGUGGGGAGAAGGCUAAGAGCAUUUGUGAUCUUUUUCGUGACAAAGCUGUCCGUUGGCAGCUCAUCACUCUCUUCCUUGUCUGCUCCUGCAUGCAGUUAAUUGGCGUCAAUGUGGUUUACUUUUAUGCAUACAAUGUCUUUAUAAAGGCUGGAAUCCCCCCUGCUCAAAUCCACUAUGUCUCCCUGGGAGUUGGGAUCACUGAGAUCCUCACCACAGUUCUCUGUGCUUUCCUAAUUGAGCGUGCAGGGAGGAAGACACUACUGUGGAAAAGCUACGCUGUUAUGGCCUUGGCUUUAGGGCUUCUCACAGUCACGCUUUCACUACAGGAUUCCUUUUCCUGGGUACCAUACUGCUCUGUUGCACUCAUCUUUAUUUUCAUCAUGAGCUUUGGCAUUGGGCCAGCUGGAGUAUUAUGCCCCUUGCCCACAGAAAUUUUUAUUCAGUCAUACAGACCAGCUGCUUAUGUUUUUAAUGGUGCUACAAAUUGGAUCCAACUCUUCAUCCUUGGACUUUUAUUCCCUUUCAUUGUGGAAGGUCUUGGUAGUUUCUGUUUCAUCAUUUUCCUGACAUACUGUCUGUCCAUGGCUAUCUUUGUCUUCCUGGUGAUGCCAGAGACCAAAGGAAAGACCAUGCUGCAGGUCAUGGAGGAGUUCAAGCGCCUGAACUACCGUGGAAAGAAAAGACAGACAGCCCUACAGCAGAGUAACUGUUCAGUGACGGUUGUUACUAGACUUUAA